AUGUCGUAUCCGAACCUUCGAUCGAACCUCCUCCCUCCGGGGACACCCCAGAGGCCCCUUCCUGGAGCUUUCCUUCAGACUCCAGCUCCUCCUCAAAAUGUAACACCAGCUCCGCCAUCUCGACCGGUCCCUGCACAGACCCAGACCCCAUUGCCCAGGAUGGCUCCGGCGGUCACCCAGAUAUCAAACCGGGCCUUGACCGUUGAAGAGCGCGGGGCGCAUACGAUCAACAACACAUUGGCCCAAGAAGCUCGGUAUCCGGACUUGGACAGCUAUCUGUCGCAGGGAUUCUCAUCCGAUUAUGAUAUCCCCGGCACCCCAUCAUGGGCCCCCUUCCAGAAAGUAAAAACAUACAACAUCCCCGAUAUGAUCUUCGAUCAAUACAAUCGCGCCCAGGUCUCGACAAGCAUGGGGUUGUUCGCCGAGAUCAACCACGCGUGGGUGGCUAUCGACCACGCGCUUUACCUUUGGGAUUUCACACACCCGAACCCUUCCUUGGUCGGAUUUGAGGAGCAACCGAACAGCAUCAAUGCGGUCAAGCUGGUUAAACCGCGCCCAGGUGUUUUCUUGCCGGGAGUUACUCACCUGCUGGUGGUGUCGACGACCGCCGAGAUGAUUUUGCUGGGCAUGAGCUGUGAGAAGACACCAAGCGGAGCAUCCACAGUGUCCCUCUUCGAGACGAAGAUGUCGGUUUCCAUUCGCGGCAUGGAUGUCAAUGUGAUCACCUCGUCUGACUCGGAUGGCCGUAUUUUCUUUGGAGGAACCUCUGACAACCACGUGUACGAACUCACCUAUCAGCAAGAGGAACGCUGGUUCCAGAGCCGCUGCGCAAAGGUCAACCGCACGCUAUCCCGAUUAUCAGCUUUCGCCCCCUCGGCAAGCUUAUCCAACCUAGCGCACAUCGUUUCCCACGAGCACAUGGAGCAGAUGGUCGUGGACGAAGGUCGGAAAUUGCUGUACACACUCUCUUCGGAAUCGACUAUUCGUGUGCUUCACAUGAAAGCCGAUGGUACCCUGAAGCUUGCUAUCACCAAGAAGGCAGUGGAUAUUUACGCCAACAUCGGACACACAAUCGCAUCCCACGAGACUCUGAACCCCAAGGUGAAGAUCGUCGCUAUCAGCCCUGUUCCUGCUGCGGAGGCAUCUCGAUACCACUUGGUUGCGACUACGGCUACUGGUUACCGCAUCUUCCUCAGUGCCACUAGUGCGUACUCUUGGAAUGAGCCGACUGGAACCAAUGCUCCGACCAGCAUGCAGGCGCAGCAUAUUAAGACUCCGCCAGUGGAUAUAACCACGAUUUCAAGAGAUGCCAACGGCAACCGAAUCCAGACUCCCGCUACCCGUGGAGCAAUUCAAUCCCUCACACCUACUCGCAUGGCGACUAGAUUCCCCCCGGGCUACUUCUUCUGUUUCACCUGCAAGGAUGCCACGCAAAAGGAGGACACCUUGUUUAUCUCCACGCCUGAUUCUGGCAGACUCGCCCGCCCUCAUGAAAGCUCGACUGCAGCCCAAGCACCCGAGUCGGCUAUCUGGAUGAGCCUCGGUGGCAGAGCUGAGGAUAUAGGACUCUGCUCGGCGCCUCUUCCAGCCACAGCCGGCGGAUUCGGUAACGAGAUGGCCGUUCAGUUCGACUAUCCCGCUGCCGAAGUUGCAAUCUUAACUAAUACCGGAAUCUUUGUCAUCCGCCGACGACGACCAGUGGAUAUCUUUGCCUCGCUGGCACGGAGCGGCAGUCUCAGCCAUGAUGGCCUGGACGAGGUUCUGAAGCAAUUUAGCCUCGGAUUUGGUCGAGCCGAGACUCUCGCGACAGCUCUGGCAGUGGCAUGUGGACAGGGAAUGGAGAUUUCAUCCGAUCAGCGUCUGACAACGAUCAGUGAUCCAGACGUGCUGGAAUUCGCUCGCAAGAUCUUUGUCGGAUUCGGUGGCAAGCCCACACCAAACCAGGAUAUCAGCGACAACACAGCUCUUACCAUCGACGACGUGACACCUUCGCCCCGCCACCAGGGUAUUGCUCUCUACAUCUCGCGUCUCCUCCGGUCGAUAUGGAAGAAGGAGAUUGCCAAGGUUGGCAAAGCCUCCAACGGCGCUAUCACAGUUUCCGCCUCUGUGCCAAAUGCCAAGCUUCAGACAGUCCAGCAAAGCCUAUCAUCGCUGCAGGAAUUCUUCAAGGUCAACCGCAGCUUCAUUGAGGGUCUGAGCGGUCCUGACGCACUUGCUCGGGCGGAGUCCAAGGCCGCGGUGAUUGAACUGCAGGCCGAGCAUCGUGCCGUUCACUCGCUUGUGCAGCUGGUCUCACACACUAUCGAAGGCCUUUCCUUUGUCCAGGUUCUUUUUGAUGAGCGUGUUGAAGAGAUCGUUGCCACGCUUCCCGCCGAGUCGAAGGAUCGAUUCCUGAAACUCACCUUCGAGGAGCUGUUCAGCACCGGCAAGGGCCACGAGAUCGCCAAGGAGCUGGUCAAGGGUAUUGUGAACCGCAACAUUGCCAAGGGUUCCAAUGUUGAGACCAUUGCGGACGCGCUUCGACGCCGCUGUGGCAGCUUCUGCAGCACCGAGGACGUGGUGAUUUUCAAGGCGCAAGAGCUGCUCAAGCGCGCGUCGGAGGCUGGAGCUAACUCGGACUUGGGCCGAAACCUCUUGAAUGAGAGUCUCAAGCUUUUCCUAGAGGUGGCCGAAAACCUCCCCAUGGAUUACUUGGUCUCGGCCGUGGAUAUCUAUAUCAAUAAUGAAUUCUUUGCUGGUGCAAUCCAACUAUGUCUCAACGUCGCCGGCGUCUCCGAUAAAGCCAAUCUCGCGCUCUCUUGGAUCAUGGACGGCCGUCCCGCACAGGUGCCUAUGCCCCCGAGAACCUUCGGUGUACACCCGCUCACAUCCCCACAGGACCCUCGCAGGGAACACUUCUACUUCCGCAAGCAAUGUUACGACCUCGUGUCGAAGGUGAUGGUAGCCGUCGACACGCUUACCGCCAACGAUCCCGGCUUCAUCGACGGCCAACUAACCCAGAUCGCCAAACGGAAGAACGAGGCUUAUGGCGUGAUUUCCGGCUCUCAAGACGAAGUCUUCCUGACCAGCUUGUACGACUGGUAUUUAGAACAGGGCUGGAGCGACCGCUUGCUGCAGACUCAGUCUGCGUUCGUGGUGACAUAUCUCGAGCGCAAAUCUACCGACGACAUCGCCCAUGCCGAUCUGUUGUGGCGCUACUACGCCCAGUCACAACGGUUCUUCGAGGCCGCCAAGGUUCAAUUCCAAUUAGCUCAGAGUGCGUUUAAUUUGCCUCUGAGCAAGCGGAUUGAGUAUCUCGGCCGCGCCCGAGCGAAUGCAUCAACCUUUACCCCCGAUGUCGGUCGCCAGUCUCGACAGCGUCUGCUGCAGGAGAUCGGCAACCUGAUCGACGUGGCCAACAUUCAAGACGAUCUUUUGCAAAGACUAAAGGAUGACACCCGGAUUGCGGGCGAUCGUAAGGCGGAAGUCCUACAGGACGUGGACGGCCCGGUGAUGGAUAUUAGUACGCUCUUCAACCAAUACGCCGACUCCGCCAGCUACUAUGACAUCUGCCUGCAGAUCUUCUAUCUAGCAGACCACCGCAACGCAGCCGACAUCAAAGCCACCUGGCAACACCUAAUCCAAGACCUGCACGCAAACACCCUACAAGCCGGCUCACCACAGCCCUACGAAGCCAUAAUCGAAAAAAUCCGCAGUCUAGGCUCCCGCCUCCGAAUGUCCGAAACGGUCUUCCCAGUCCGCGAACUCCUCCCAAUUCUAGAACGCUACUCCCUCGAACACCAACGCGGCACCACAACCUCCACCAAAUCCUCCUAUGGUCCGACCAGCCACUGGGUCAUCGACCUAUUCCUCGACCUGGGCGUCGCAUUUGAGUCCCUCUACGCCGUUCUCGAAGCAAUGUACUAUACAGAAGAAGCGCCCUUCCAAGGCGCUAAUCGCCGCUACAUCGCGGCCGACCUGGUGUACUUGUUGCAAGGGUGGUUCAACGAUAGCGCGCAGCUGGGUGGGAUGGUAUUCGGAUCCGAGGCCGCGGCCGAGCGCGUGUCGGAGACUUUGUUGCUCGUGCAGCAGGGUGCGCACAAUACUGCCGAGGUCCGCGACUGGAGCGAGAAGUUGCGCGUGGACAUUUCGCAUAUUCUGGCUUAG